AUGCACCUUCAGCUGGCCAUGGAUUUUUGGGAAAAAUAAAUCGGAAGCAGCAGAUGCAAACUGACGCUCACUAGAAAAUUAAUUUACUUCUGGAGACAACUAUGCAUAUAUAUUCAGUAUGGGGUGGUGGCCAAGACCUAAUCUAGUCUUUAUUCAAGUUGACCAAAAGUAAAUGAGUGUCCAUGUAUGUGUUUGUGCUCAAAUUAACCCACCUGGCAACAAAAUUCCAAAGAAGAAAGACGAUGACUCCAGAGAAUCUGACUUCCCAGAGCUUGCUCGCAGCAAUCCACAGCAACACCAGUAAUCUCUUUUUGGGGCUCCAGCUUGUUCAGUUCUUCAAGCCACUCAUCAUUCCUUGCUACUCCCUUGUGGUUUUUGUGGGUAUCAUUGGGAAUUACCUCCUCAUCUAUGUUAUCUGCAAGACCAAAAAGAUGCACAAUGUCACCAACUUUCUUGUAGGCAACCUGGCAUUCUCUGACAUGCUCAUGUGUGCCACCUGUGUCCCCCUGACCCUGGCGUAUGCCUUUGAGCCUAGAGGGUGGGUCUAUGGGCGCUUCAUGUGCUACUUUGUGUUCCUCAUGCAGCCGGUCACCGUGUUUGUGUCUGUCUUCACCCUGACUGUCAUUGCUGUGGACAGAUACUAUGCCAUGGUUUAUCCACUACGGAGGAGGCUCACUAUACCAAUCUGUGCCUAUAUCCUGGCUGGUAUUUGGCUGCUGAGUUGUAUGCUGGCUGCCCCAGCACUGGUGCGCACUUACUACGCAGAAUUCCCAGAACUGGACUUCUCUAUCUGUGAAGAAUUUUGGUUUGAUAGGAAGAGAGAUCGUUUAGCUUAUGCUUAUAACACCCUCAUCCUCACAUACGUUCUGCCCUUAACAGUCAUCUCUGUCUCCUACCUGAGGAUCUCUGUCAAGCUGAAAAACCGAGUUGUCCCUGGCAACGUCACUCAGAACCAAGCUGAGUGUGACCGAGCCAGAAGGAAGAAGACCUUUUGCCUCCUGGUCUUGGUGGUCGUCGCUUUUGGGGUUUGUUGGCUGCCUUUGCACAUCUUUAACGUGAUCAAGGACAUAGAUAUCAAAUUGAUAGACAAGCAGUAUUUCAAUCUCAUUCAGCUACUUUGCCACUGGUUUGCUAUGAUGUCUGCUUGCACGAAUGCCUUCCUUUAUGCUUGGCUGCACGACAGCUUCAGGGGGGAGCUGAAGAAAAUGUUUGCCUGGCCGAGGAAAAAGAUUGGACCUGCCACCAAUUGUAUUGUGGCAAGUGUGGUGCUGUAA